UCUGGAAUUGAGAAUGACCAAGUCCUCAGCCCCGAACGAAAGAAACCACCUAGCAAACCGACCCAGGGUCAUGCAAGCAACCGAGCUAUGGCGAAGCCUCGUGGCAGCAGCUUUCUCGAUCUGGAGGGACACUACGACCCUGUUUGGGGGAGCUUCUGGCAGCUUCUGCUUCUCAAAAAAGCUGAGAAGCUGAGAAGCUCCCCCAAACAGGCUGCUUUUCAGAAAAAGUCCAUAAGCUCCAGCUCCCCUAAACAGCUCCCCUACCACAGCAACCCUGUCAACGUCUGCAUCCACGAGAUCUUCGUCUGGCCCAUCUUCCUCACCGCCCUCCUACUCCUCCACCUCACCGCCCUGUUCCCGCACGCCGCCGGUGUCGGCGCGGCGAUCUACGGCGCCUACUACAUCCUCCUCGAUCGCCGUGCAGGCGCGCUCGCGGCCCUCCUCUGCUUGCUCUGCUGGACUGCCAGCGGCGCCCUCGCCGCCCGCCUCGGCUUCUCCUUGGGGUGGAAGGUGGUAUUGGUGAGUCAGUUGUUCUGUUGGACUAUGCAGUUCAUUGGCCACGGAGUUUUCGAGAAGCGAGCGCCUGCUCUCCUUGACAAUCUUGUCCAGGCUUUCUUGAUGGCCCCAUUCUUUGUGCUCCUUGAGGUUCUCCACACAUUUGCCGGAUACGAACCGUAUCCUGGCUUCCACGCCAAGGUGAGCAAGUUGAUCGAGGAGGCCCGGAAGGAAUGGGAGGAUGAGAAAUCAAAGAAGUCGUCAUGAAGAUGCCUGUGAUCGGAUAGCUCCGAACCAGAGGUCUGCCUGCUCGACAUGGACCAACUUGAUCGGAUGAAACUAUGCCAUUGCAUGAUUCCUGAUGGUCUAUAUGUUGUAAGAUGAGGUGUACUCUGUUGUCUGAUGUGUAUAUUUUACUGGAGACAAACCGAGUUAUAGAAUAAUAUUUGUAUACUCUUGUAUUA